AUGGACCAAAAGUCAAGUUCACAGGAUGCUCUAUCCGACUCAGUGAUAUAUAAUGAUAAUGAAGCUAGUGCCGAUAAUAGUUUACGGGAAGGUUUGGCAGUAGAUGGUAUAAAUAGUGGGUCAAAUUACAAUGAAGUUCCAAUUGAUACUGGAAUUGAUAAUGCCAACCCUGAGACUGAUGGAAAUAAUUCAAACGAUUUGACAGAUAAUUAUGCGGAUAAUAGUGUUGCCAAUGAAAGCGAUGUAGAAAAUGAAGAUGAUGAUCCAUACAACUCGUCUCCCGAAUAUAACAAUAAGCGUAUUAUCUUGCAAAAAUUCACGAUAUAUAAUUCGCUUAAUACCAUGUACAUAGUUGGCAGUAAUGCAAAAGAGAGUUUAUUUAGAGUGUUGGAGAUAGGUAAAGACCCUAAAGAUGAAACUAAUUUAACAAUUAUUGAAGAUAAAAACUACUUUUAUACUAGAAAAGACAUGAUAGAAUUGAUCAAUGGUUUAAAUGAGUCUGUAGAAGGAAAUCUUCGUAAAAUAACGCAAGGUUUCGGAUUAUUGGGAUUAAUUAAAUUCACUAAAGGUUAUUAUCUAAGUAUAAUCACCAAAAGAAGCCAAGUAGCUAUUAUUGGAGGACAUUUUAUAUAUCAUGUUGACGAAACUAAACUUAUCCCGCUAGAUGUGAAUUACAGAAGACCAGAAAAAUACAGUGACGAAGAAAGGUUAUUGUCCAUUUUCAAGUAUAUGGAUUUGGGAAAGACGUUUUACUUCAGUUAUGCGUACGACCUCACGAACACAUUACAAACUAACUUCAUAAGGCAUAAGAAACUAGCAACAGAAUACCAGUAUAAGCAGGAUAAGCAUGAGAAUAAAGGCAAACCCAACCAAUUUGAUAAUUUUGAUCAUAAUGAGCGAUUUGUUUGGAAUAAACUAUUACUUAGACCGAUGCUAGAAAAUCCAGAUAUCGCGACUUAUGAAUGGUUCCAACCAAUUAUUCAUGGGUUUAUUGAUCAGGCUAAUAUAUCAAUUUAUGGAAAGAAGAUUUAUAUUACAAUUUUAGCUCGUCGUUCUCAUCAUUUUGCUGGAGCAAGAUUCUUGAAAAGAGGAGUAAACGAUAAAGGAAAUGUUGCUAAUGAGGUUGAAACAGAACAAAUUGUGUCAGAUAUGUUGAUAUCAUCUUUCCAUGAUACAAAAUAUGGAUUUUUUAAUAAUCCAAGAUUCACUAGUUUUGUUCAACAUAGAGGAUCCAUUCCGCUCUAUUGGACUCAGGAUUUGAAUAGAUUACCCAAACCACCUAUUGAGAUAAAUUUGCCUGACCCAUUUUAUCAAAGCUCGGCAAUACAUUUUAAUAGUCUUUUUGAAAGGUACGGCCUGCCUGUGAUUAUAUUAAACUUAAUCAAAACCAAGGAAAAACAGCCCCGAGAACUGAAAUUGAACCAACAUUUUACAAAUUGUAUAAAAUAUUUAAAUCAAUUUUUGCCUGAAGAACAUAAAUUACAGUACCAUUCAUUUGAUAUGUCUAAACAUUCUAAGAAAAAUUUAGAUGUUAUUACACCCUUACAGAAGAUUGCAUCUGAAUCGAUAGAUAGAAUUGGUUUUUUUCACAAUGGUACCGACCUCGCUUCAACGAAAAUUCAGAAAGGUAUAAUUAGAACCAAUUGUAUUGAUUGUCUUGAUCGUACAAAUGCAGCUCAGUUCAUAAUCUGUAAGGAAGCACUUUCUUAUCAAUUGAGAAGCCUUAAUAUCAUUUCAGAAUCGACAAACUUGGAUUAUGAUUCUGAUUUGAUAAACAUUCUUACUGAAAUAUUUCACGACCAUGGAGACACAAUCGCAGUACAAUAUGGUGGAUCUAACUUAGUGAAUACUAUGGAUUCAUACCGUAGAAUCAAUCAAUGGUCAUCACAUACCAGAGAUAUUUUGAAUAGUAUAAAGAGAAUUUAUUCGAAUUCUUUUAUGGAUCUGACAAGACAAGAGGCUAUUAAUUUGUUUUUAGGGAAUUAUCAAUAUUUUCCGAAUAAGCCUAGAUUAUGGGAACUACAAAACGAUUUUUAUUUGCAUAAUGAUAUAUUGAUUGAAGAUAUAAGGAUAAAAUUAAGCUACAUUCAUUGGUACAAUGAAAACUACUUAUCAAGUGAUCGGUUUGAAUUUAAUAUGAUCGAGCCUAAUAAAAAAAGCAAAUAUGAAUUUGAUAUGACUUACGAAAAGCUCAUGCCAUUUCCAGAAUACAAUGAUAAUUGGUUCAAUGAAUGUUAUAGCCCUCUGAAAUUCCAAUCGAUGUAUGAGCUAUUUCAGUUUAAUAUGAACUCAAAUGCACGUUAUUUCCCUUCUAUUGUUAAUGUUGGACCGAUUAAGAAAUUUGACUACAGCCCAUUUGAGUCGAGAAAGCUUUUAAGAUCAAACAGGACUGACGAAACAGAUGCCAUGACAUCUAAAAAUGGGGUCAAGAAUUUGCAAUAUUUAGAAGUCUGUAAGGAAGAAAGCGAUAACAAAACAAAAGGCAGUAUGAAAGAUAUAGAAGAGAAUGAAGAUGAAGACGACCUAGAAAAUCAGUCUAUCAGACUGAAGUUUGUAAGAAAUCCUUCGAAUACUUUCCUCAAAAAGAACCAACAAUAUACUCACCACAACGAUUCCAACCAUAAUUAUAUUAGCAUUGCUAAUUCAAAGAAGAUUAAGAAUUUUCUUGCAACAAAAAUCGAGAAGUUGGGGUAUACAACUGGAUUACAUUCAUCGAAGGAUUUAAAAUCACCUAAGUCGUAUUCUACGAAACCUAAUUUGCAUUUUGAGUCUAUUUCUAUGGCAGAUCUGGAAUCUAUGGACGAGUAUGAUUAUAUCAAGUCUCUAGCAAAGCCACAAUUAAAGGAGGAAGAUUUGGACUUGUACCAUUCGCAGGCAGAUUUGUCAAAUUUUACUUAUGAUCUGUCUGUGUACCCUAAAACCCUUACAUCUAGUGUAGCUGAUAAACUAGAUACAGACUUCAAGGACAUUGAUAUUUACAAAUACUACACAUCAACCUUAGUCAACUGCAACGAUCAACGACCACCUGGCGAAAUAAAUCGUUUCAAUAGCACAUACAUUCGUCAAGUGGGGAACAUAGACCCGCGCGAUGCGAAGUUAUACGGCCAGUAUAUGGGAGUUGAUGAAGAUAAAAUAUUUGGCUUCAACACUGAAGAUGAUUAUUUCAGAUAA